AUGACUCACUCAUCUGGUUUCAAGAACGAUCAUCCAUUCGAAAAGAGAAAGGAGGUUGCAGAAAGAAUUAGAUCAAAAUAUCAAGAUAGAAUACCAGUUAUUGUUGAAAAAGCACCAAGAUCCGAUGCUCCAGACAUUGACAAGAAGAAAUAUCUUGUACCAGCCGAUAUCACUGUAGGAAAGUUUGUCUAUGAAAUUAGAAAGCACAUGCCAAAGAUCAACGCAGAGAAGGCUAUUUACUUGUUUGUCAAUAAUACUUUACCACCAACCGCCGCUUUUAUUUCACAAAUUUACGAACGUUAUAAGGAUGAGGAUGGUUUCUUGUACAUCACCUACAGUGGUGAGAACACCUUUGGUCAAUAG